UCUCAACAAACCGACUGAAUAUUAUCGAACCUACUCGUAGUGCAGUCCAUAAUGGGUCUUUCACACAGCAUUACCGUUCCUGGAGGAGGAACAGAGGGCUACCAUGUUCUGCGGGUGCAAGACAACUCGCCAGGGAAAACGGCGGGGUUGGAAGCAUUUUUCGACUUCAUCCUGGCCAUCGGGAACACCCGGCUUGAUCAGGAUAACGACACACUAAAAGAAUUACUGAAAGGAAACAUCGACAAGGAGAUACAAAUGACUGUGUACAGCAGCAAAACGCAAAAUAUUCGGCUAGUAGAUAUUACGCCAAGCAGCACCUGGGGUGGACAGGGAUUGCUCGGAGUUAGCAUACGGUUCUGCUCUUUCGAAGGAGCGAACGAAAAUGUGUGGCACAUCCUGGAAGUGCAUCCCUCGUCACCGGCGGAAGAAGCCGGAUUGAUACCGUUCACCGACUACAUUAUCGGAGCCGAUUCAAUCUUGCAUGAAAGCGAAGAUCUUUUCACUCUGAUAGAAUCGCACGAAGGGCGCCCGUUAAAAAUGUACGUUUACAACACGGAUCUCGAUCGUUGCCGUGAAGUGACAAUUACUCCAAACACGACAUGGGGUGGCGAAGGAAGCCUAGGCUGUGGCAUUGGUUAUGGAUACCUGCAUCGGAUACCAAUCCGGAUGCUACCAAGCGACGCAAAGGUUCCUCUGAGUACGGCAGCACAAACUGUUCCGCUUGCUCCUGUAGGCGCCGGUGCGUUGUUUACCGGCGCAUCCGUUCCUAGUACUGCUGCUGGUGCGGUUCCAAAUGUUGUGGAUUCGACAAACGCUAAUCGUUCCUUGCCAUUUAUUCCUAUGGUUCCUCCAUUGGCAAAUACCUUCGCACCGCAAGUAAACAACGCCGCUCAUGACCUUCUAACGGUGUCCCAACCGAGCAAUACGAUGACAGCGACUGCAACGACGACAACAGGCGAUGUGGCCGGAGGGCUUGUAAACCAAUUCGCUAAUUUGUCCACGUCGACCGGUCAGACAGAUCAGGCCAACAAUAACGUCGAAACUCAAACAACACCUACGCAAGCGGCUUACAAUAACAACACGACACAGCUUGGAGGAGUUGCUUCGCCACCGAUUCACGUAGGGCCGGCCAUUUAUACACCUCCAGCUAAACCAAUCGAAGCUCCGGUAUCAUCGAUAAGUAGCUACGAACCCGCCCAACCAAUACCAUCUUCAACACAGGUACCACUGAUGAAUCUUUCGUAUCCGGCGGCCUCCACGCCGUCGUUCCCGACGAUGACGAAUCCGUACUCAAUGGCAAGCACGGUGCCACCACCUUCGACACUAGCCAGCGAUUUCUACCAAAUGUAUGGUUCACCAGUACAACAAGCUAGUAACAUGGGCACCACGACCGCUAACAAUUACACCAUGUCCACCACGAUCGAUUUUAUGCAGAGCGAGCAGCAACCGAUGCAACCACAGCAAACUUGGGUACAAUCGCCAAUUCAGAUGUACUCUACGUACCCUCAGGUUCAACCGGUUCAGGACCCGUCUCAAUCACCGUCCCACCUACCGGAUGGUAGUUCGGUGCCAGCAUCGACAUUAUUCCAAAGCAAUGCAGUUACGACGCCCAUAUCGCUGCCCGGGAUGCCACCGAUAACGGUCAGUGCCACGAUUCAACCAGAAGCACUUCGUGGCUUGCAAUUCACCAAUGCCCCGGUCGGCACGGCCAGUUCUGUGACCGGGCAGCAGUCGCUGCCAACGUUACAAUGAGCCCAUUCUUUUCUUGCCUUCCCCUUCACAGAGAUAGGAGGUGGAUGUAGAAGAGAAGUGAUGUUUGUACAUAUAAAAUGAACCUAUCGUAUUUUCGGACCUCUGCUACGGCCCUAUCGAAUGGUAGAAAGCGAUGCACGGAUGGUGCGGCAUGGUGCAUUUCCGCUCGGUGACACCGGAUAAACAGAAGCAUAAUUUUUAUCUUUCGCUUUAUGUAAUGAUUAAGUUUA